UGCGAAAAGAUCAAGGAAGGAUGUCUGGAGUUGUAGUUGUGCACGGUGGGGCAUGGGCCAUACCAGACGACAUGGUUGAGGACUCUUAUGCUGGAGUAAAGGCUGCAGCGUGUGAAGGCUCCUCAGUGCUGAAGAAGGGAGGCAGUGCACUGGAUGCGGUCGAGGCAGCUGUGAGGGCUAUGGAAGAUAACACUGUAUUUAAUUCAGGGCAUGGAUCAAUGCUAAAUGCUGAUGGAGAGAUGGAGAUGGAUGCCAUUAUUAUGGAUGGCAGCACACUUUCAAGUGGUGCUGUGACUUCAGUGAAGAACAUUGCCAACCCUGUGUCACUGGCACGGGCAGUAAUGGAAAAGACUCCCCACAUGUUAUUGUCAAGCAGAGGUGCAAACAUGUUUGCAGAGAGCAUUGGCAUAGCUACAGUUCCCACUGAUACACUGGUGACUGAAUACGCGAGGAAAGAGUGGGAGAAACACACAGCUUUUGCUUUUGGAGUAUUGGAGGAUUUCAACUCUCGGUGGGCCCAUGAUACUGUUGGGGCGGUUGCUGUGGACUCUGCUGGUAAUGUUGCAUGUGCAACAUCAACUGGGGGCCUCAGAAAUAAAAUGGUUGGAAGAGUGGGAGACUCUCCGAUCAUUGGCUCUGGAGGAUACGCAGACAACUUAUGUGCUGCAGUGUCUUGUACCGGUCAUGGAGAGUCCAUUCUUAAAGUAACACUGGCAAGACUCAUAAUUUCACAUAUUGAACGAGGUAAAUCAUUGGCAGAUUCUUCACAGUUGUCUCUGCAGUACAUGGGAGAUCGUGUCCAAGGUGCAGGAGGCGCUAUUGUAGUUUCCCCAUCAGGACAGUGGGCAGCCACUUUUACCACAAAGCGAAUGGCUUGGGCAGCAUUGGAUCAUGAAGCUCUGUGGUAUGGACUAAACCCAGGAGAGAGAUUUAAAGAGGAGUUAUCCCAAUAACCAUUUCAACCCAUAUUAGUCAUAGUAUUGUAUGGUUUUGAUCACUUGGUCCGUCUUGGCGGACAUAUGCUACUGUAGUUUGUAGGCAAAUUAAAUGAGUAGUAUUGUUUCUUUCUGUGAUCUGUAGUGAAAUCUAAAACGUAAAUGAUGGAGAUGGUGGAAAUGAAUGCUUAGAAGUUUUGAGAUAUUUUAUUUGAGCAGAUAGUUCAUACUCUGAAUUAGUUUUUCUUAUCCCCUUAAUUCUGAACUGCACAUUCCCUAACAUUGUUGCAUGCGUUCAGUUCUUAGAUUUUUUUGGGCUCAUCUCUAUGUGAUGAUUAGACUUUUUUUUUUUUUUUACCUGUUUUUAGAUAAACUAAAGAACAUAUACUGCUUUCUGCAGAUUAUACUGUGCCUUGCUUUAGUUGACUGUGUUGUAUCAGUAACAGCCAGGUGCAAUCAUUGACUGUGAGUCUCACACUGGAUGCUGCUAACUGCAUGUUAGCAAGCUUCCAUCUUCAUUACAGCAGCUCCUCUUGUUCUACUCACGCAAAUGACCAUGUAGCAGGAGUUAUCUUAAAUAAAGUUGAUUUAAACAAAAA